GCGUGAUCAAAUAUUAUAACGGUUUGAGUCCUCACCGGCAGUCAGCCUUCUCCUGAAAUUCGAGUUUGUAGCCUCGUUCCGCUCCUUUUUCCAAGAUGAACAGAAUCAUUCUCCAGCUUCUUGCAGUCGGAUUCUGCUUUGCAGUCGUUCAAGGUCUGCAGUGCUACAAAUGCUCCGUUGGCGUAGGGGCCCUGUGCUUUACGUCUAAAACAACAUGUGGAAGCGGAGAAGUUUGCUACAGUGGUGUCGGGGAAGCAGCAGGCUUCGUGACAAUCAAGAAGAAGGGCUGUAUCAAAGUGGCCCAGUGCAACAAGACCGAGGAAGUGAACUUCCCCUCCGACAGCAACACCACCCUCUACACCAUGACCAAGACAUGCUGCAGCACCGACCUGUGCAACGCUGCGCCCGGUCUGCCCGGGACGUCCAGGCUGAGCCUGACCCUCGCCACCAUCACUGCUCUGUUCAUGGCCAACAUCCUGGUUUGACAGAAAACACAGCGGAUGGCGCAACGUACACGCACUCACACACAAACACAUACAACACACUACAUAUUGCACUACAAGGAUUAAAUUAUCUCCUCAGACAUGCAUUUCUUUUCUCCAAAUGGGUCUUGUGUUAACUGUUCUUGAGGUGUAUUGUACUUCACCCACAUGUUAAUAUUGGUUCAAAUGAAAUUCCCCCUUUUUGUUUUUGUGUUGUUGGAUUAAUCGGUAUGUUGUCCUAGCAUGUACAUUGAGAGUUGACAGUUUAAAGUAGCCUACAAUUAACUUGAAUGAGUAGUAAAAUGUUUAGAUAAGUGUCGGGCAUUUCACUGUGACUAAAUUGGUUUUGUAGGUUACGUAGCGCCAUUGCAAUUUAAAGGAAUAAGCCAACAUUUUGGGAAAUGUGCUUAUUUGGUCUUUUUUUUUUUGCCAAGAGUUGUAUUAGAAGAUUGAUACUCUCAUUUCUGUCUGUUUAACAUGAUGCUAUAGCCAGCAGCCAAUGGGUUAACGGCUAGCAUGGUGCAGUCAGAAGUAUAUAAAAACAAAAAAUGCCUGUAGCACCACUAAAGCUCAAUAAUUAACAUGUUUCAUCUCGAGUGUAAAAACAACAAGAAAGUCAUAACUAGUGAGCUUUAAAGGUGGUAAGGUUUUUCUACUGACUGUAGCGCCAUGUUUAUUCUACACAAGUGGUGUCGUUCUUCUCAUCUAACACUACGCAAGAAGAGGAAACAUCUCUCACAAAAUGUCAAACUAUUCCAUUUAAUGUAUUGCCUUUGACCCACUGUAUAGUGAUUUUAGAGUCAUGAUAUAAUCUAUAGAUCUCAACACUCCCAUGAACAUUUCUAUUUCUAUUCAUUACACUUGUUGACAUUUGUUGGCUUUAUUAAUGUGUAGCUAAAAUAAUGUAAAUUGUCUUGUGUCUGUGAACACACUUCUUCUCGCUGGUUUCAUUUCGACACAAAUGGCUCCACGUUCUGUGUUUUAAUCACUUUUAUUUUUGAUGUUCGUGUCAAAUCCACACUGCACGUUACUCAGACUGUGGGAUAAAAGCUUCUGUUCAUCUUGCUAGUUUUGAAUGUGUAUAUAUGGGGAGAACGUGAUGUAACUCAUGUUUGCAGAUAUUGGAAACUGAAAUUGCAGCAAUUUGAAAUGUGUCAGGGCUGAUCUUUAGAUAUCCUCUAUCUAACACUAAUCAUUAAAGAGAAAUUCCUGAAAU